GAAGUAGUUGCUUGUUUUCUAGAGUCAAAAUGCUAGUAUUAUUUGAAACAGCUGCUGGAUAUGCUAUGUUUAAGUUGCAAAAUGAGAAAAAGCUCAAGCAUGUAGAUAAUAUAUAUGAUGAGUUUGACACACCGGAGAAAGCACAAGAAAAUCUGCAGUUGAUUGCAUUCAAGAAGUUCAAGAGCACAGCAGAUGCUGUUGAAUGCACAAGUUCGCUUCAUGAAGGAAAAAUGAAUAAAACGUUGAAGAAGCUGUUAAAAGGGAAAGUCGAAGAAAAUGAGCAGUUGGCCGUUGGCGAUUCAAAACUAGGGAAUCUCAUCAAGGAGAAAUUGGAGGUUCCAUGCGUCUACUCGCCAGCUAUUGCAGAGCUUAUGCGAAGCAUUCGUGCGCACAUCGAUUCAUUGCUAGGCGAGCACAAAGCUGAAUUAAGUGCUAUGAAUCUAGCCGUGGCACACUCGCUUGGUCGUUACAAAGUAAAAUUCAACCCGGAAAAAAUUGAUACAAUGAUUGUGCAGGCUGUUUCCCUCUUGGAUGACUUAGAUAAAGAGCUCAAUAACUAUGUAAUGAGAUGUCGUGAGUGGUAUGGUUGGCAUUUUCCGGAACUUGGCAAACUUAUCCAAGAUCAUCAAGCCUUUGCAAAGGUUGUCAAAGCUAUUGGCAUGAAGCAAAAUGCAGCCAAUGUAGAUCUUUCCGAAAUUUUACCGGAGGAACUCGAAGCAAAAGUAAAGGAAGAAGCAGAAAUCUCCAUGGGAACUGAUAUUUCUGACUUGGAUCUCAUCCAUAUUAGUGGUCUAUGCGACCAAAUAAUUGAGCUGACGCAGUACAGGUCGCAAUUGUUCGAUUAUUUGAAGAAUAGAAUGACCGCCCUAGCCCCUAAUUUAACUUGCUUACUUGGUGAGCUUGUCGGUGCUCGACUGAUCUCACAUGCUGGAUCUCUCGUUUCAUUGGCUAAGGCACCUGCUUCUACAGUACAGAUUCUUGGAGCCGAGAAGGCAUUGUUUCGUGCUUUGAAGACCAAGAAAGAUACACCUAAGUAUGGACUUAUCUAUCACGCACAACUUAUUACUCAGGCUCCUGCAAAACUCAAGGGAAAGAUGGCGCGUAAACUCGCAGCUAAAUGUGCCUUGGCAACACGUAUAGACGCUCUGGCUGAGGAUUCUAGAGGCGCAGAAGUCGGAAUGGAGUGCAGAGCUGGCUUGGAGGCAGUCCUACGUUCGGAACAAGAACGAGGGCCAAAGACAAUCAGUGGUGGAUCUCACAAACAUGAAAAAUACCACUUUAAGAGUGAAACUUUCGAGUAUAACGAGGCUGCUGAUGUUCCGAAAAAGCCUCAGAAGCGAAAGUUCAAUGAUGAUGAAGAAGAGCCCGCAACUAAGAGGACAAAAGUAGAAGUGGAGGAGACCCAAGAAACCCCAGAAGUUCCGAAGUCUGAGAAGAAGAAAAAGAAGAAGAAGGAAAAGAAGAUUAAAGAAGAAGGAGAGGGAGAAGAAGAGUAGAAGAAAUUGUUAGAUUGUUAUAUCCAUGUUGUUUUUCACUUUGUUUCUAGCGGUUGAGUUGACCCCGCAGUGACAUUGCGUGCGCUUGUUAUUGUUAAUAUGUUGUUGAAGUUACAGUAUUGUUAGUUGCAUAUUCAAUUACAUAAAUCAUCUAUUUCUUCUCCUACUCGCUUCUAUUUUUGCAUUUUCAUCUGGUC